AUGGCUACUUUCUUCUCCCUCUGCAUUCUUUUUCUCAUCUCCGGCAAUCUCUUCCUAAAAACAAACGCCGCCGCGAUGGACGAUAUCUGCCGCCAAACCAAAAACCCGUCGCUCUGCGUGGCUGCAAUGAAUACCGACCCGCGCAGCCGCACGGCGGCGCUUCCGCAGCUGGCGCAGAUCACCGUCGACACGGCGGAGUACACCGCCGGGCAAACCAAAAUCAGGAUCCACGGCUUUGUAAUGUCGGAGAAGAAUCCCCGAAAACAGAAAAUGUACAGCCAGUGCGAGGAUUUCUAUGUCGACGCGUUGGCCGCCCUCAACAUCGCGCCGGAGGAUCUGAAGAAGCGGCGGUACGUGGAUCUGGACAUGCAGAUGGGGCUCGCCCGCCGCGCCGUUGACCGGUGCGAGGCGGCGUUCAUGCAUGAAUCACCGUUCCGUAAGGAUAACGAGCUUGUGGGGAUUCUGGCUGAUGCAGUUGCAAUUAUGGCGAGAACUCUGUCUCGCUGA